GAGCUGUCGUUGUGUACGCGCGCGCGCGUGCACUGAGAGAAAGAUCGUGCCUUUGCGGAAGCUCGGAGGAGCCGAGGCGGCGCUACAUGAAAUUAGCAUACUAACUUGUUAUCCCUGAGCCGAUGUGGAUGGACGGCUGAACCGAGCAGACACCGACCGCUGAGAUAACACCGAGGCCGGGAUCAUUUUGUUGGGAUCUUCUUGCCAUCUGCCUGCCGCGGAGAUGGGGGACAAGGCGGGCACCAGGGUAUUCAAGAAGUCCAGUCCCAACUGUAAGCUGACGGUUUAUUUGGGGAAGCGGGACUUCGUGGACCAUCUGGACCAUGUGGACCCAGUCGACGGAGUGAUUCUGGUGGACCCGGAUUACCUGAAGGACCGGAAAGUCUUCGUCACACUGACAUGUGCCUUCCGGUAUGGGCGAGAGGACCUGGAUGUUCUGGGUCUGUCCUUCAGAAAGGACCUCUACAUCUCCACCUUCCAGGCCUUCCCUCCAGUUCCUGAGGAGAAGAAACCAAACAGCCGUCUUCAGGACCGGCUGCUGAAGAAACUGGGUCAGCACGCCCACCCGUUCUACUUCACAAUCCCACAGAAUCUGCCGUGUUCAGUCACCCUGCAGCCUGGCCCGGAGGACACAGGAAAGGUACCACAGGCCUGUGGGGUGGACUUUGAGAUCAGAGCUUUCUGUGCGAAGACAAUAGAAGAAAAGAUCCACAAGAGGAACUCGGUGCGUCUGGUGAUCAGGAAGGUCCAGUAUGCUCCAGAAAAGCCCGGUCCACAGCCCAUGGUAGAGACCACCCGCAGCUUCCUGAUGUCGGACCGGUCCCUGCACCUGGAGGCUUCGCUAGACAAAGAGCUGUACUACCACGGAGAGCCCAUCAGUGUGAACGUCCACGUCACCAACAACUCCACCAAGACCGUGAAGAGAGUGAAGAUCUCUGUGCGUCAGUAUGCUGACAUCUGUCUGUUCAGCACCGCCCAGUACAAGUGUCCAGUGGCCCAGCUGGAGGCAGACGACCAGGUGUCAUCCAGCUCUACCUUCUGUAAGGUGUACACCCUGACCCCGACGCUUGACAAGAACAGAGAGAAGAGAGGACUCGCUCUCGACGGGAAACUCAAACACGAAGACACGAACCUGGCCUCGUCCACUAUAGUGAAGGACGUCACCAACAAGGAGGUUCUGGGAAUCCUGGUGUCCUACAGAGUUAAAGUCAAGCUGGUGGUCUCACGCGGAGGAGACGUUUCAGUGGAGCUGCCCUUCAUCCUGAUGCACCCUAAACCUGUGGAGCUGCCAGCAUCCCGCCCUCACUCAGCUGUGCCGGAGUCUGACCCACCCCUCGACACCAAUCUGAUAGAAUUCGACACAAACAGCAUCUCCCAGGACGACGACUUUGUCUUCGAGGACUUUGCUCGUCUGCGGCUCAAAGGCGCAGUGGACGACAAGGAGGAGGACUGCUAGGAGCUUGCCAUGGCUCCACGCUCGCUUUGACAACACACACACACACACACACACACACCUCACAUACAUUCCCCAACCGAGCCGAUGGACGAGAGCUCGGUGUUUCCUCCUCUCUUGCCUCAGAUGCCCUUCAUACUACCGCCAUCUCUCCCUUGCCAACAUUGUUAAGGGUUCCUAUGAAGGUGGGCGGGGCUUUCAGCAUCACCCAAUCCCUGCAGCCGUUUGCAGAUUGUGGCUGGAGGCCAAAGCAAACAAGUUUGAGUCAAUAAAAGUGAAAUAGUUGUUUACCACCCGACACCCCCUCCUCUGACCCCAGGUCUGCUCAGCGCCUGGCCUGGUUGGGGCUGGUUCAGCUCGGUUAACCAGAGUUAGUUGGUUAAAUCUGAGUGAAACCUGAUCGGCCUUUUUAUUUUAUUUUGAAGGGUUGUUGGUGCAAAGAUGCUAAAGUGAUUAAGUUGUGUUUUUCCGUGUCGGGUGCACCUCCUCAACAGGUGUGGUUACAAACCUCUCUGACUUCAACCUUCUUUAUUUGAAAAGUGUGUGAGUUAAAAAUCCUUUGAAAUAAAAUCUAAACCUCGGAUUUUCUUCUGCGAAUCUUUUAAAGCUUCUGUGAUUUUCUGAUUGACGCCUCAGCGUCAUCUCGCUUUUAUUGUGAAAAACAAACUUUUAGCAUCAGUCAGUUUCGCCAAAACGUUUCAGCACCUGUUCAGCUUCUCCGCUAGUCGCUAUUUUAAACUCAUCCAUUUUCUUCUGAUGAACUUUUGUCGUUAAAUCAAUUUAAUUUUCAAAAUACAUAUGAAUCAUAAUAAUCUUUGCCCUCCACCCAGUACAGCGCUGGCUCCGCCCCUCUACCCAGCUGUUGUACAGUGCUGGCUCCGCCCCCUCUACCCCCUCCACCCAGUACAGCGCUGGCUCCGCCCCUCUACCCAGCUGUUGUACAGUGCUGGCUCCGCCCCCUCUACCCCCUCUACCCAGUACAGCGCUGGCACCGCCCCCUCUACCCAGCUAUUGUACAUCACUGGCUCCGCCCCCUCCACCCAGCUGUUGAACAGCGCUGGCUCCGCCCCCUCCACCCAGCUGUUGUACUGGACUGGCCACGCCCCCUCUACCCCCUCCACCCAGUACAGCGCUGGCUCCGCCCCCUCGACCCAGCUGUUGUACUGCGCUGGCUCCGCCCCCUCUACCCAGCUGUUGUACAGCGCUGGCUUCGCCCCCUCCACCCAGUACAGCGCUGGCUCCGCCCUCUCUACCCAGCUGUUGUACAGCACUGGCUCCGCCCCCUCUACCCAGCUGUUGUACAGCACUGGCUCCGCCCCCUCUACCCAGCUGUUGUACAGCACUGGCUCCGCCCCCUCUACCCAGCUGUUGUAAUGCACUGGCCACGCCCCCUCUACCACCUCCACCCAGCUGUUGUACUGCGCUGGCUCCACCCCCUCUACCCAGCUGUUGUACAGCGCUGGCUUCGCCCCCUCCACCCAGUACAGCGCUGGCUCCACCCUCUCUACCCAGCUGUUGUACAGCGCUGGCUCCGCCCCCUCCACCCAGCUGUUGUACAGCGCUGGCUCCGCCCCUUUACCCAGCUGUUGUAUAGCACUGGCUCCGCCCCCUAUACCCAGCCGUUGUAAUGCACUGGCCACGCCCCCUCUACCGCCUCCACCCAGCUGUUGUACAGCGCUGGCUCCGCCCCUUUACCCAGCUGUUGUACAGCACUGGUUCCGCCCCCUCUACCCAGUUGUUGUAAUGCACUGGCCACGCCCCCUCUACUGCCUCCACCCAGCUGUUGUACAGCGCUGGCUCCGCCCCCUCCACCCAUCUAUUUUUACAGCGCUGGCUCCGCCCCCUAUACCCAGCUGUUGUAAUGCACUGGCCACGCCCCCUCUACUGCCUCCACCCAGCUGUUGUACAGCGCUGGCUCCGCCCCCUCCACCCAGCUGUUGUACAGCGCUGGCUCCGCCCCCUAUACCCAGCUGUUGUAAUGCACUGGCCACGCCCCCUCUACCGCCUCCACCCAGCUGUUGUACAGCACUGGCUCCGCCCCCUCUACCCAGCUGUUGUAAUGCACUGGCUCCGCCCCCUCUACUGCCUCCACCCAGCUGUUGUACAGCGCUGGCUCCACCCCCUCCACCCAUCUAUUUUUACAGCGCUGGCUCCGCCCCCUCCACACAGAUCUCUUGCGCCUGUUUCAGCAGCGUGACCUUUGACCUCGUCCCUGCUGCUUUUUCUCUCGAUGCCGUUUAUUUUCCACGUGCUGUGAAUCGUUGGAGCUGUGGUUCUGACUCUGUCCUACUUUCGUUGUGCGUCUGUGGCGUAACCGUGUGAACAUAUGUUGACAAGUGCCAUGACCCGGCCGUGCGAUGCUUACAUGAAGUCUAAACCAGGAAGUGAUCAGUGCUGGUAACUCGACACCAGCACACAGACCAGUUCCAUUAUUGCUAUUAUUAUUAUUCUGCUUCUGAUUAUUAUUAUUAUAUUACUAUGGUGACUAUAAUUACUUCUGUAUCGUCAGCGAUUCUCCUCAUAAUCAGCUCAGAGUUUGUUGUUCAGCCAUGUAUUUUUUUAUUUUCAGAUUUUUAUUUGAGUUUUCUUUUUAUUAUUAAACUUGAAAUGAACUAACA